GGAAAAGUGGCCUGGCGAUUUGGCGAGAAGGGUGACGAGGAAGGACCACCACGGAGAGGCCGCACGGCCACAGCGUCGUUCCCUGUCGGCUGCUCGUGACACAAAGCCACUUCCUUCGGCUCAGGCGCGCCAUCGUCGUUCUUCGCCUGCGAUAGUGACUGUCUGUCGCUAUCGGUGUGUGAGUGAGUCGAGUCGCUGACUUUAUCCGCUUCCUCCCUCCCGUGUGGCUAGGGGAGGGGAGAGAGGCUCAGCACACCCGCACCAGCCAUCCCAUUAUCAUCAUCGCUACUAUGUCGACGUCCGGCGAGGGCGCCGUGUCGAUGAACGAGUCGUCGAGCUCGUCGUCGUCGCAGCACGUGAGUGACGGGUUUGACGUGGAGGCGCAGGAGACCGACCCGUCGUUUGUGCCGUCGCUGGCCAAGGUGCUCACGCACCUGAUAUCGAUGAGCCAGCCAAACACCGGACAGGUGAGAUAGAUGGGACCAAUGGACGGGGGAGGGAGGGAGGGAGAGGUCGUCGGUAGGUGGCCACUUGAUUGUCCUGUGUCUGUGCGUCUGGUGCCUGUGUGUGUGUAGGUCACUCGUUUUCACGCCAUCAAGGCCCCUUCGAUCAGCAUACACGAGUACCUUACCAGGUGACUAAUCCAGCCAUACAUCCUGCCAGGACACACAAGGCAGGGGCGAUGGGUGGAUGGGCUUCUUUCUUUGCUGUGUGUGUGCACAGGAUCGCCAAGUACUUCGGUUGCAGUUGUGAGUGUUUCGUCUUGUCUCUGGUGUACAUUGACCGGAUCGUCAAGCUGCACCAGGACUUCUGCGUCAAUGCCCUCAACAUACACAGGUAGCCAGUCAGGACAACACACACACCACACACAUCACAUACACGAUCCUUGCCCAUCGCUCGUGUGUGUGUGUGAGUCAGGUUGUUGGUGACGAGCAUCACCUUGGCAGUGAAGUUCUUCGAUGAUCAGUUCUACAGCAAUGCCUACUAUGCCAAAGUCGGCGGCGUCAAGACCAGGUGACACAGGCGAUGGAUGGAUGGAUGCACGAACCAAUGGCCAGCUGAGCAGACAGACAGAGGGACAUGAGUGUGUGUGGUGUGUGUGUCGUGUGUGUGGUCACAGGGAGAUCAACGUGUUGGAGGCGCAUUUUCUGGCGCUGAUCAACUACCACCUGUUCGUCACGCCUCAGGAGUACGACCAGUAUAGGAACAACGUGCUCAUGGCGGUCAACGCAACGGUCCGCAACCACACACACACACACACUGUGCCUGGAUACACUCUCAUUCUCCGCCCAUCUGUUCUCUCUCCCCGGCAGUCGGUGCCGCGUGCGAUUUCCGACAGCGCAACGGCCGAGGGUGCUGAGGGUGAGGGCGAUGCCGAGUCCAUCCGUGGAGACGACGCAUCACACGACCGCCAUGAGCAUGACCAUGAGGAAGCGCAUGAGAAGGAUAUUGCGGACCAAGAUGGAGGGGAGGGAGAGGGGGAGGGGCAGGGUGAGGGGCAGGCCGUGGCCCCUAGCGCACAUCCCCACCCACACACACAGCCAUCGCACAGCAGCAGCGGCGGUGACAACAACACAUACUACAACUCGGCAGAGGCGGCCGUUGCCAUGGACACAGACAUUCCCCACCACCCCAGCCACAGCCACAGCCACGCCCCCCCCCACCACCACGUUCCAGCCAGCCGCUCCCAGGUGCCCAACUACCCCUCCCACGCCCAUCAGAACGGCACGAGCUACCCCAGCCACCCCUCGUCCGUCGAGACCAGUGCGAGCAGCGUCUACGGCCAGCAGGGCAGCUGCCAGGGGCCGCGGGCAGCCAUGUCAGUGUCGGCCUGCGAGGCGUCGUGCAGGCCACAGGUGGGUGGGUCGGUGGGUGGGCAAAGGGAAAUCCGACACGCGGCCGGCACACAGCGGAGAAUGCAUGUGACCAUUCUCCGUUUUGCGUGUGUGUGUGUGUGUGUGUGUCCUACAGGUGGCACCAUCUGACCCUCUCUGUCGCCGGAGGAGCGUGCCCCACGGCCAUAGCGCCCCCGCAGCCCAGGAGCCCUCAUCCCACAUGAGUAUGAACGGCCCCAUGCCCGCCGCCGGCCAGACGCAGGCGGCCGUCGUCCAGAUGCAUGUCUGCUAGACAGACAGACGGGCCGAUGGGUGGAAUGGGGGGAGGGAGAGGGGGGAGGGUCGGUGAGGUAUGGCUGCGUGCAUCAGCCCGGCCAGCCAGCCGUCCACGGUAUCCUCUGAUCGUAUUGGGUUCGAUUUCUGUUCUCUCAUCGCUCGUUCGUUCAUCCAUGUGUGUGAGUGCUGUGUGGUGUACUGGGUGGCGUGGCGGCGUGAGGCAACCGAUCAGACUUGCCUCGUGUUUUUCGUGGGCGGCCGGACGGAGGGACGGAGGCGAUGGAUGGAUGUCUUGCGUGCAUACGUUCGUUCAUUCUCUGUCUCUGUCUGCCGCCCGGAUGCCCCGCUCCAGCCAGCUUUGCUUGCUGCUGAGGGAUCUCUCUGUCUCUCGGGUCAAGUGAUGUCAUGUGAUGAUGUCAUGGAUGGAUGGAUGCAUCCCUCUCUCUCUCUCUCUCUGUGUGUGUGUGUGUGUGGAUGGCACGGUGACGUUUUGGAGGCCAUGAUGAGUACUCGAGAGUGCAGUCACCGACUGACCCGGAGGGAGGGAACGAGGGAGGGAACGAGGGGAGGGACCUCACCCGUCGCUUUGUGCUGUGUGUCCGUGCGUGUGUCUCUGCGUCUGCAUGAGUGUCUGUCUGGUGGUGGUGGUGGUUUGGAUGGAUGGAUGGAUGGACCUGCCUGCCUGCCUGCCUGUGAGUCUGUCCGCCGGUUGGCUGCUCAGAAAACAAGAGGGAGGGCAGGGCAGCGGAGGGGAGGAGGGGGACGACACACGGAUUCUGUCCGUCGUGUUGGUCGUGUAUAGCCUCUAGGCUAGUUGUUACACACACACACACACACACACAUGUUUUGCACAUCCAUCCAUCCACCCACUGGUCGAGGUCUUUGCCUUUUUUCGUUUGCAAGCCGCCACCCACCGACCCACCGAGCUCUCCACUCUAUGUGUGUGUCUGCGCAGUGAGCCGCCAGUGUGCGUGAAUGAGUGUGAGAGUGAGAGGAGUGUGUGUGCACCUUUUCCUCUCCUGGCUUCGUUGCCUGCCUGCCUGCCUGCCGGGGUGAUGGGAGUCUUCGUAUUGACUAGUCGCCAAAAGGAGAGGAUGGAUGUCUGCGUGUGUCUUGUGCCUUUUGUCUGUGUGUGUGUCUGUCUUGACGCCUGUUUGCCUGCCCGUUGGUCGUCCGUCUCUAUAGAAUGGAUCUGUAUCUCUGUGUGUGUGUGUGUGUGUCAGUCACGUCAACCUCACUUGUAUAUUAUGCUACCACGGUCGGCUUCCGUCCACUCUCUCUCCUUGCCUCUGGGGCGGCUGUGGCUGUGGUGGUGGUUGUGGUUGGAGUGGGUCAGGGGGGCGGCACACAGUGCUUGCGUGUUUGCCAUGCAGGGGGGGAUGGGAAACCCACCCCCUUGUCGCUGCGUGGAGACACUCACAUGGACAGAGGGGAGACAGACAGACAGACAGACAGCAGUGAGUGCCGGUGCCUCUUUCUCCCCACACAAAGGAGGCCCACUACUUACCCACCCACAGCCCACACCCACUCGUAGAAGGAGAGAUGGAUGGAUGGAUGGAUGGGUGGGUGGAUGGACUUCUCUUGCUGCGGUUUAAAGGACGGUCGAUAUUCGUCUCGUAUCGCCUCGUGUUGGUUGGUUGGUUGGCUGUGGUUUUACGUACCCUUGGAUGACAUGAGUCCACACAUACAUACCUGCACACACACACAUACUUGUGCACGAGAUCGAUGGAUGGGUGGGAAGAUGAUAUUUGUGGAGGAAGGACCGACCGAUGGAUGCCUGGCAUGGCAUGGCAUGGAUAUGUGUAAGCGGGUGGCGCACUCGUCUGCGUGCAGACCAUGCAGACGAGCGCGUGUCGGUGGAUGGAUCGAUGGAUCGAUCGUAUGUUUCAAUCAACCCAUGGCCAUGAUCAAUGUCAAUCAGUGUGAGAGGGUGCGACUGAGAGAGAGAGAGAGAGAGAUGUCCAAGAGAGCCUUUCAACUAACCUGAGCAGACAAGUCAGAGAGAGAGAGAGAGACCCACACUGACUGGCAGGGCAGGGAAUCGAGAGACGACAGAGAGAACCCCCGCCCCGGCCCACCCCACACAUAAGACACAUAUGUCUUCGUUCCCUUUUUGUGUACUCCUUACUGGUGGUGGUGGUGGUGCGUCCAGGCAGCCUGAGGCACCUGACUUGACAGACAGACAGUCAGACAGACAGAUGUGCAUCAUUUUUUCGGACACUCGAAUGUCCUUUUGUGCCUUCCCACGUCUGCCUGCCUAACUGCCUGACUGCCUGACGGCCUGCAGCCGGCCUGGUGAAUGCCCGCAGACACAGACAGAGAGAAAGAGGAGAGAGAGAGAGCAAGGCAGUUUUGCUGGCUGCUGUGUUGUGUGUUUGUGUGUUGUGUCCUCUAUGUAAUGUCUAUCAUGUGUAGUGGUAUACGGGCCGUCCAUUCGUUCGUUCGUUCCUUCGUUCGUGGUGUGAUGUGACGUGGUGUGAUGUGAUGCGGUGUGAUGUGCAUGGGGAUUUUCCUGCCUCCUCCUUCUUCUGCUGCUGACUGCGUAUCACUCACUCACUCACACACCCACUCAGUCACUCGCUCACCGUCUGUCUCUGUAUCUGACAGACUGACUUGCCCACUACACUCUCGUGGAUCUUCCCUAUCCUUGUUUUGCCCUCAUUGCCGGUGGUCUCCCUGCCUCCCUCUCUGCAUCAGUGAGGCCGUCAGUUGCUGCCCAUCCGCUCAGCCGUCCGUCCGUCCAUCUCUCUCUUCAUUGCCUUCUAUUCUGCCCAGCCGCCCUGUGCCUCUCUGAGUGUGUUGUGGUUUCUCGGGGUGCAGCGUGGUGGGUCGUGUGUGUGUCGCCUCUCACCCAGAUGUGACACUUACAUCGUCCAGGGCGAAGUGACCGUAGGGAUCUCAGCACUAACUGGUCAGCAGUCAGGUGUGACGAACAGCCGACUUGCCAAGUGAGACCAGGCAGGAUUAGACAGACAGAAACAAAG